AAACAACUUUGGAUACUAUAAAUGGUAAUGAUCGUAUUGAAUCAACAUUAUCACAAGGAACAAAUGUUACUAGAAAAAAAUCAAAACCUGAUGAUGAAUCAUCAAAAAAAGGAAAGAAAUCAUUGAAAAAAUCUAAUAUAACAGUAAUCGAUGAUAAUGAUGAUGAUAUUUAUCGAAUUGCUAAAGUAACACGUGGUGGUGAAUUACCAGAAGGUGCUACAGAAAGUGGAAAUGAAGACAAUGAUUAUGAUGUAAUUGUUGGAAAAAAUAAAAAAUAUGAUCCACAUCGAGCACUUAAUAUUGACUUAAGUGAAAAACCUAUUCAAUCGAUUCCUAUAUCACCACCACCAUUGACAUCUCAAUUAAAAGAACCAGUCCCUAAACAAGAAUAUUCAAUUAAUCCAGAUCCAUCAAUAGCUCGAGUUGAUGUAACAUUUCUUUUAAAAAAUCGAACAUCAUUUAUUAUUGAUCAUAUUAAUAUUCAUUGUAUUGAUAGUAUGAGUCCGAAAUUAUUAAAUACAACAAGUGCAAAUUUAAUAUCAUUUCCAUCUAUAAAUCUUUUUUUUCAUUCACAAAAUUAUAUUCAUAUUUAUUUUUCAAUAAAUGCUAUAUCAUUUUCUCAAAAAUUAAAAACAACAUUAACUUAUUCUAUAAAUAAAUCAAAUACAAUUGAAACAGAUAGAAUUGAAUUUAAACUUAAUUUGUCUUGUUCACAAUAUUUACGACGAAAGACUAUUGAUUCUAUUGCAUUUGCUGAUUUGAUGAGUUCGGGUGUAUUGAUAUGUCAAUCACAACUUCGUAUUUCAUCAUCUAAUCAAGACUUUCUAUUGAUGAUUAAUACAAUUUGUCAAUUUUAUCGAUUAACUGUUGUCGAAAAAAUUAAUUCAGCUGCAUCUUUAUAUGCUGAAACAAUUCUUGAACAAUCAAUAGCUCUCUUAUUUAAAUCAAUAUUCUAA